AUGGCGUCGAUGCUCUCCACGCUCGGAGGCGAGUUCUGUAAGCCAUGUAAACAACUCAUCGGACGAGGAUCCGGAUGGCAACAACAGCUGUCAUGGCUUGAAGAAGUUGCUGAUGAUAUUGCUUUCAGGAGCGGUUACGGGUCCCAGUCUGUCCUGCUGCGAGCUCUUGAGGACUGGAGGCAGGCCUUUUACAACCAUCAGCAUGUUGGAGCCAUUCUGAUGGACCUGUCCAAGGCAUUUGACUGCUUUCCUCAUAAUCUGCUACUCGGGAAGCUGCAAGCUUAUGGACUGGGUAAGUCAUCUAUUGGCUUCAUCAGCAGCUACCUGAGUGGCAGAAAACAGCAGGUCAGACUGAGGCCAGAGACAAGCAAAUGGACUGAUGUAAAGAAAGGUCCCCCAGGGGUCUAUUGUAGGACCUCUAAUUUUUAA